AUGCUGCGCAGGUAUGCAACGAUAGCUACGAAGCCGCCUUCCCGGCUGCAAUCCCGGCUGCAAGCGCGAGGAAAGAACCCACUCGGACUCGACCGCUUCAUCGAACGCCAGAAAGUGAUCGCACUGUGGCGAGACAUCGUUCGCAGUACCAACAACAUCGAGGACUUGGCCACGAGGACAGACAUGAGACAGUUCGCAAGAGUAGAAAUCGAACAGCAUCGUCACGUCACUGACUUGGAUCACAUUCGCUACCUACUCUCCACUGGGAAAAUUCAGUUUCAAACCAUGAAAGGCACCCUCAUCAACUCUGGGCUUCUAACUGAAUGA